AUGAACAAUAUCAUAGACGCUGCAGUUUCGUUGGACAGGCAGCAUGAUCGCAACCCAGCCAUAUUGGCGGGCCUUUUGCUGCCUCACGUCGUCUGCACAGUCUGCAUAGCCGCAAGAGCAUGGUCUAGGCUACGAAUCUUGCGCAAGUGGUUCAUCGACGACACAUUGAUGAUACUGGCAUGGAUCAUCUCAACGGGGGUCUGCGUCGUUUACACACUUGCGGCCGAGACGCAUAACAUCCAGAAGGCAGCAGCUGCCAAGACGACAAAUCCCGAUACGGAUGCGAAUGGCCAGGCAGGGAGCAGCGGUCGGGAUGCCAUAACACGACAAUACCUAUUCCGGACGUACCUCGGCCUCAUCUUCUACCAGGUCUGCCUCUGCCUGACCAAGUUCUCCAUCCUGAGCUUCUACCUGCGCAUGUUUGGCACCUGGCGGCCCCUGGAACGCCGGCUGGCCUGGGCGACGGUGACCUUUGUGGUGGCGUUUGGGAUUCCGCUGCUCUUUGCCAGCAUCUUCCUAUGCCACCCGGCCACCGGCACGUCCUUCCUGGUCGGCAGCCCCGAGACGGACAAGUGCUUCCCCUUCACGCCACUCCUCAUCGCCAGCGCGAGCCUGCACACGACCACUGACGCCUGGCUCAUCGCGCUCGUCAUCCCCUGCGUCUGGCGCCUCGACAUUGCGCCGCGGCAAAAGGCGGCCCUCGGCGUCGUGCUGUCCCUAGGCGUCUUUGUCAUCGCUGCCAGCCUCACGAGGCUCCAGCUCUCGCUUCACUCCAACUACAUGCCGGUCGGUGGCGGAGGGGGAGCAGGAGGAGGAGGUGGAGGGGCGGGCAACACGCUCGCCUUCUUCGUCAUGACCAUACUCGAAUGCGACGUGGCGCUGAUUUGCGCAUCGGCGCCGACGCUGAGGCCGCUGCUCGCCAUGCUGUGGCCCAGGUCUGGGAUGGGGGAUCCGCUGGUGUUCAGGAGGCGGUCGAGGAGCCGUCAUUGCCAUUACCGACAUAACCGGCGGCGGGUGCUGGAGAACAGCGUCAACCUGACGAGCGUCGUCAGCUUUCACGGGUACCCGUGGGUCGCCAAGACGGGCAACACGGAGCCGGAGACCAGGCUCCCGAGUCCGAGUCCAGACGGCGGCGGCGGCGGGCCAAAUAGCGGAACAAAGAGGCCACUGGCGGUGGGGGAUGCGUACCCCCCUCGCAAACCGCCACCCGAUAUGCCGGUGCCGCCGGUGCCGGCGCUGACGACUGUGCAUCGGACGCCGACCACGCUGAGCCUCAAGAGCCUCGUGAACGUUGUAUCGGCCCGUAGCCGCGCGGUCACCGUGACGGAUGAAGAAGACGGGGCGGUGCUGCUGCUCGGCGACGGCGAGGGCGGAGCAGGGCCCUGCCAGGCGCACACGUGGUCGCAGAGCCAGGAGAGCUUCGUCAUGGGGGUCAACGACCCGGCCAGCCCGCACCGGACGAGCUUCCUUAGUGGCAGCAGGCCUGUCACCAGGGGGUGCGAGAAUGACAGAAACAGAAAUGGAGAUUUCCGCCUGCAUAUGAGGAGGCAUUCGGCCUCGGCGGCCCAGCAGCCCAGUAGAAGAGUAGACCGUAGAGGGGCUGGAGAGGCGGGGCUGGCCGUCCACCUCUCGUCUCAUGUCAACGUCGAUCACACGAAGCCGGGCUGUCCCGGCAAGACAACCGCAUCCGCAAUCACGCCCAGGGGCGAAGUUGCCAGUCGCUUUGCGUCUACCACUCCAAUGAUCUGCAUGCGAGAUCUGGCGUUGCCCUUUGUGAUCGAUCGCAUGGCCCAGUGA